GCUCCCGCUCGCCGGCCGGCCGGUGUCGUGCUUCACGCACGCCAGUUCUCGUUUGAAUCGCUUCUAUUGAGGUCGUCCGCUGCGAGUUGCGUGCGAAGUUUGCUAACGCGAAAGGAUUUUCCUUUGUCCCGACGCUCGAGGACCCUGCCCUCGUAUUAUGUUUCCGCGCGAGAGCUGCGACCAACCCCGGCCUACUGAGGAACCGGACCGCGCGCAGCGUACUGAAUCGCGUCGAAAUAGUCGUGCUUUCCCGAAAUUCUGUGACGGUUACCCUACGAAACGCGUUCGCCGGGCGAUUUGAAGUUGUUGAGUGAUCUUGUGAGAGGAUUAAGUUUGAGACAACGUUUAACGGACUGUACCACGUAGCUACCAUGUCGACCGGUAAGCGGCUAGCGAAACGGUCCAUCAUUGGGACGCGCGUAGCAGCGCUGGGUGACGACGGACUCUAUUAUUCAGGCAUGAUCCAAGCGGUGAAGACGCCGGCACCCUUCCCAGAAAACAACAACUGUAUCAAUCUGACGCCGAAUACGCGGUACACGGUGCGGUUUGACGGUGGCAAGAUCACGCGCGAAUACCGCGACGCCGAGCUGAUCGGACCCGGCUUUCGCAGCAUGACCGGUGUACGCUUGCAGCUCGGUCAGCGCGUCUUCCUCACCCACAACGGGCGUGAGGUGCGCGCUGAGGUCAUCAGUCACGACCACGACACCGACGAGAUGCGCGUAAAGAUUCACGCACCUUCUUCUGAGGCGCCAAUAGAGCUUAAGAAGAGACUAGAAGAGAUAAGAUUGCUGGAAUCACGGAAGUCUGCGAGGUUGGCGGAUGUGGAUACGGAUUUUGCGCGACUUGCGGACAUGGCCGGCGACCGCCGCCGCGCCUCCGCCACUAUUGAAGUUCCUGCACAUCACUUACAAGGGUCUCGCAAACGCGGUCCAAGCAGCUCCUGUGACCUGGGCUACGGCGAGCGAGAUGACCAGAUGAAUGAAUGCAACGCAGCCCUGGUCCUCAUGUCUCUUAGCUGUUCACCAAACUCGCCCCGCCCCAGUGCAUGGGGUGGUCGCUCAUCGGUAUCACCAGGAGCCAGUAGCAGUUCCGGAUCCUCAUGGCGCUCUGGAACACCCUCCCCACCCCCCGCUUCUUCUUCCUUCAGCGACGAGGGUAUUGCCAUGGACUAUGAAGACUUGCACACACGCAAGAAAAAGAUCAAUAGUGUUGUGUUUGACUGCACCUGGCGAGGCUGCGGCUACAGCACUAUAUCAAAUACAAGUCACGCCAUCGAGACACACAUCAGAAAUACACAUUUGGGGCCAAAGAAGGAGGGCGAGAGUGAUCAAGAAGAAGAGUUUUAUUACACAGAGCACGAAAUUUGCGUGCCGGCGCCGCCGCCGACACUAUCCCACCAAGACAUGUGUCGUCCACCGUAUGAGGACCCCGAUUACCAACGCCAACUCGUUGGCUCGUUUAGGCAAGGACUGCUCUCUAUGCAGCAUCCCGCGAGGCCUAUAAGCAUUCCCGUUACGCAUUCCUGGUCAAAUUCACACUCACCGAAGCACAUGAGGCUGUCUGCAACAAGCGGUUCGCCGGGCAGUCCAGGGCGGCGACCACGCUCUGACAAUAAAAAGUGCCGGAAAGUGUACGGCAUGGACCAGCGUGAGCUCUGGUGCACCCAGUGCAAGUGGAAGAAGGCAUGCACGCGCUUUGGGGAUUAGCGCGUGCGUCGCCGCUUGCUGGCCCCCGCGCGCGUACUACUGCUUCUCCAACAGAUGCUCGUAUGAAAUGAACUGAUACACGCGAGCUCUGUUUAUGCGCCUUUAGUGCGAGAACUAUUCCGAGUGCGGGUCGUGGUUCGGAUAGUCCGAGGGAUAUAUUGAAGAGUUUCAUCGAAUGUAAGCAAAUAUGGAAAAAAAAUAUUAUUAAUAUAUUGGAUAUGAAAUGUAAAGGAGACAUAUUUUUGCUCUUUAAGUAAUUGUGGCUCGUAUUUUGACUGCAUAAUGGACAUUGCCCACGUAUUUUUAUAAUGCAGUAGACUCGCCUUUACUGUGACAUGCAAACGGAGUUUGUGUCGCUCUCGGCCGACUGUGAAUAUUAGUUGUAAGCCUAGACUUAAGAUUAGACUGACACGUUACAGUGCGAAAAUAUCUGUUACCUAAGACCCGGUCGCAAUACAAUGAAGGACAGAUUACAUUCAACAUAUUUUUUUAUCUUUCUCAUUGCUUGUAACCAAUAAACGCUUCUAUAGAGAGCGCUCUUCAUGUUUGAUACUGAGUAUAUUUUCAUACGUCGACAUGGCUUGGUAGAGUUCAUGUAGAGAGAUAUUACAGAAGUCAAUGUAUUCCGUCCGCAUUUUCGACAAUUCUUUACCAAAGGACCUACAAGAUGCAGCUAGCGCCAACGCAUACGCAGGGCGGACGGUGUUUUCGCACUGUGAUCACAAAUUCAAUAUCAAGUGUGGAACACCAUAUUCCACAAUUCGACGUGUUAUAUGUCGCCCCUGUCGGAUUAUACAUCAGUGAUAUUAAUCACUAAAUUUUAAUGUUUUGACUGAAUUACUAGAUAAUAACAAAAAAUAAUAAUAUAUGAAUUAGUCUUAUAAGUUAUCUCAGAUUCGACAAAAAGACUAAAACUUGUUUAGACUUAAAUUUUUAUGAACAUAUCUAUGUCGUAUACAAAGGUGGUCCUACCAGAACAAGGAGACAAUACUCAGUGUCGCCCAUGCAGCUAGGGCGGCCGGCAACGUGCGUAACCACAAAAGUAGCAUGGUGCCUGCACACGCCACACGACCACUUCACGAGAUCAAGGCAAACAAAGCAAGGCUAAAACCAUCGGAGUGAGACAGAAAGGAACAUCACAUUAUAUUACUUUCGAUGUAAAGGCCCAUUACAUACAAACAUCACGAAGACUGUGAUUACCCGUUUAGUGCCUAGAAUAAAACUCUUAAAGACCCUCCAUGAAGGAGUAGUGAGAUUCCAAAGACGAUGGGAUGGCCUAUACUCGAAAUAUGACCGCGACGUAAUCAUACGGUGUAUUUUAUACACUAUGAUUACACUUACGCAUUACAUCCACAAAAGCUGUUAAAGUGUUUGUGUACUUGUCUACGCAAACAAACAGACAAUGUGAUAAGGGAAUGAUAUGCAAUACGUAGCAUAUACGGAUAAGACAGAACAAGUGAAGGCGAUUGCGAGCUGCAAUAUUAUUUCGUAAGUAUUAAGUAUUAUAAUGACGAUUAAAUUUGUAAAUAAUAAUUAUUAUUCAUACAUGAAUUAUAUUAAAUGUAUUCUAUACCUAUAAAAAAUUAAAGCAAUGUUCGGAUGUGUACAUAAAAUAUUAUUAUAAAGAUAUAAUUGUUACUUAAUGUGAUCGUUUAAAUCGAAGAUUUUGUACGGUAACACGAAAACGCGUCUUUAAUGUAGGUGCAUUAUUACUUGAAGAAGUGAAACCGUUUCGUAAAAAUGACAUCGCAGCGCGGUAUUUCUGAUCCACUAGUAGUUACCAACGUUCGUUAUAAUAUCUUACAUAAUAAGUUAUGUAAAUAUCAAA